GUUUUAAACAAAUAACAUCGUUCGCCGAGCCAAGCGAGUCUCGGGCGCCAUCCGCCAUUCGGCAUCUGUGACGCGCAGUGAAAGGUUGCGCGCGCUUUUAAAUUUUUUAUCUGUGCAUUUUCGUAAGACAUAGUGUAAAGUUGAUUUUUUUUUAUAAAAAUGUUGAAGUACACCAUGAAGAAAUAUUGUGCGGAGGGGAGCAAAUUCAAUCAAAUAAUCAUUGCUUGUUUGAUGGUCCUGCCAGUGUUCUCAUAUGGCACGGCUAUCGGCUGGAUUUCCCCCAUGGGUCCUCGUCUGAUGUCCGAGGAUACUCCAGCGGCUGCCCCAGUGCAUCCAGACACUAUAUCCUGGAUGGCAUCAGUGGUAUACAUGGUUGGGACGCCCACAGUAUUCCUAUUUGGCUAUAUUGUCGACAAUUAUGGACGAAAAAAGGCGCUGAUGUUGACUUCAUUUUCUAUGGCGGCAUGCUGGGGUCUUAAAUUGUAUUCUACGGAGACAUGGGCACUCAUUACAGCAAGAGCUAUCGUGGGCUUAGGAGUCAGUGGAUCCUACGUCGUCACACCGCUUUACAUCAAGGAGAUCAGUGAAGACACAAUCAGAGGAACUCUUGGAAGUCUAGUGGUCCUCUCACAGAACUUGGGCAAUCUGUUCGCGUAUAUCAUGGGCGAAUAUUUAAGCUACCAUGCUAUGCUCUGGGUGUGCCUUAUUGUGCCCAUCCUGCAUUUGGUCUUGUUCAUGGCCAUGCCUGAGACGCCAUCGUAUCUGCUGAAGAGCGGGAAAGUUGAGGAGGCACGCGACGCUCUUGCUUGGUUAAGGUGUCGUGAACCUUCGGAGCCCGCAGUGGACAAUGAGCUCCAGAACCUGUUACUGGAGCUAGAACAAAGCAAGUCGGGCAAGAUGAGCGCUGCACUCAAAACUUUAGUAACCGACCGCAGUACCUUCCGAGCGUUUCGCAUAGUGCUCAUCAUCACGGUAGCUCGGGAGCUGUGUGGAUGUCUAGCUGUACUGCACUUCGCAUCUCUCAUCUUCAGCAAGGCCAGUGCUGGAUGCUUGCUGACUGCUAACCAACAGGCAGCUGUACUAGGUCUUGUGCAGUUUGUGGGGUCCUGCACCGCUUCCAGCCUGGUGGAAAGGACUGGAAGGAAGCCACUUCUAGGUACCACGUGUCUGGUCUCAGGAAUAGCGAUGUGUGCUCUCGGCGCGUGGUUCUACGCUCACAUAGGUGCAGUUACUGAGACCGCAUCCUGGCUCCCUAUAGUCGCACUGUGUCUGUGCAUAUACUGUGAUGCAGCUGGUCUACAGCCCGUGCCAUUUGUUAUUAUGACUGAAAUGUUCUCGUUCCAGCUCCGAGGCACGGUGACAGCGAUAGUAAUCGCGUUCGCUUGCGGUCUCAUGUCAGUGGAACUGAGAGUAUUCCACCCGAUCGCAUCAUCAGUGGGCCUCUACUUCAUCUUUUGGCUAUUCUCAGGAGUUUGCUUAAUCAGCACAGUGUACAUCGCUUGCGUAGUCCCAGAAACCAAGAUGAGGUCCUUAGAUGAAAUCUACGCGGAAAUCGGAGGCAAGGACAACAAAGUUAAGAGCAAAGAAAAAGACUGUGAAGCCGACGUCACAAAACUGUAGACUGUAUUAUGACGUCACCUGUCAUGGCGGUAUUAUUUUGAGGUUAAGUGUCAAAGUAUUCGUUCAAGUCCGGUUAGAUUUGAAACUUAUUGGUACGGCUUAACAGUGAUAUUUUGCACUUUAUGUGUGUAGACGUAGGAUUUAUUUUUAAGUAUUUUGAAUACGAUAAACUCAGUGAGUUUCUUUAUGUAGGACCUAUUAUUUUUUCUAUUUUUUUAGGCUGUCUAAACUAUUACGUCUAGGAUGUAAAGACUUUGUAUUGUAGAUUAGAUUAGGACGUAGAGUAGAAACAUAAAUAUUUAUAAAUAAAUACUCAGCUUUGUACUUAUAAGUACUUAGUUUAGUGUAUGUAAAUUAAAUUAAUAAUGAAAAUAGUUUAUUUAUAAAAAGUAUUAACAUUAUUAU